UUUCACACGUGUUGUACAGUAUCAGCUGAAAUCAUGAGGCCAGGAUUUUCUCCAAGAGGCGGUGGUGGCAGAGGAGGUGGUGGACGUGGUGGUUUUGGGGGCCGGGGAGGGCGUGGAGGAGGAUUUGGAGGGAGAGGUGGUAGUCGAGGCGGAUUUGGUGGCGCGAGAGGUGGAGGCGGACGUGGAAGAGGAUUUGGUGGAAGAGGACGCGGACGAGGAGGACGUGGAGGUAUGGCUGGUGGUAAACAAGUGACAAUUGAGCCACAUAGAAUUGAAGGCGUCUUCAUAGCGAGGGGGAAGGAAGAUGCGUUAGUCACGAAAAACAUGGUGCAAGGGGAUUCGGUGUAUGGUGAAAAGAGGAUAUCAGUUGAGGCUGAUGGAGAUAAGUUGGAGUACAGAGCAUGGAAUCCAUUCAGAUCUAAACUGGCAGCUGCUAUACUGGGUGGUGUAGAUAAAACUCAUAUCACACCGGGAUCCAAGGUGUUGUACUUAGGUGCAGCGUCGGGUACAACAGUUUCUCAUGUCUCAGAUAUCGUGGGGCCGGAUGGCAUUGUUUAUGCCGUUGAGUUCUCGCACAGAUCAGGACGUGAUUUGUUAAAUGUUGCCAAAAAACGAACCAAUAUUAUUCCUAUCAUCGAAGAUGCCAGACAUCCACACAAAUACAGAAUGCUUGUAGGUAUGGUGGACACGAUAUUUGCCGACGUAGCACAGCCAGACCAAGCCAGAAUAGUUGCCAUCAAUGCGCAUAAUUUCUUGAAAAAUGAAGGCCAUUUUGUGAUUUCAAUCAAAGCUAAUUGCAUAGACUCAACAGCGGCACCAGAAGCAGUGUUUGCCGGAGAAGUAAAAAAAUUGCAGUCAGAAAGAUUAAAACCACAAGAACAGUUAACGUUAGAGCCAUAUGAAAGAGACCACGCUGUGGUUGUGGGGGUUUACAGACCACAACCUAAAAAGAAGUGAAGAUGAUGUAAAUUUUACAAGUAUGUAUUUUUUAUCAAAAAGACAAAGACCUUACUUGCGAGAAGACGUCAAACAAGACCAACUGUGAACAAUCAUGAUAUUUAAUUUCUCAUCAGCAGAGCUGCUUUUAAGAAAAAAACUGCAUACUAAAGUGUUUUUGUGUUAUUGGUGAUCCUGGGUACUACCAAAUAUUAUGAGUUCCUGUGGUCAAAAUAUUUUUAUCCAUUUAUUUUUAUUCUACUGCAACAUGUACAGCACACAACUUUUCGAUAUAAUCUCAUGUUUUGAAGUUGUGUUCCUCUAAGAACUUCUUUUUACUCUUUGAGUCCAGCAAAAUCACCAACCUCUUGGGUACAUUUUUCCUACCCGGCAGUAUUGUUUUUUUUUUCUUUCCUCUAGUAGUAUUAUUUUCACUGUAAACUUACAGAGUCUGCUCAUUCUUCUUUCCUUCACAAUGUAAUAUAUUCUAUUGAUUUGAAUAAAGCAAGGUAUCCAUUGUGAGUUCUUUCAUUGUUUGUAUGUUGUUUCAAUCAACCUUUGCUUAGGUUGAUUAUUUUUACAAUGAAGAACACGUACAUACUUUCAGACAUUUGGAACACGACUUCAACUGACAAGUAGUCUAUAACCCAGUAUUGAAAAGGUAUAUUGCGCAAAGGUCAACUGAUUUUGAUUGUGCAGGGGUGUAAAGAAUCGUAACAGCUCAAAAAAAUGUUCAAUUUCAAUUGUCUUGGGGGG